GUUACUCUACAGCUUGCAAAUAAACAGUUUGCGCAAGAGGCGGGCAUUCCCAAAGCACGUACCUUUGUUUUAAGGCUUCACCUUAAACACUUUACAUACCCAUCAUCAGCUAAAGAAAUGCAGAGCAGACGAAAUGGACCUCGUCGAGCUCUAGCCGAUGCGGUAGUUUGAGCGCGCCCCACAUCAGCUCUGGCUGGCACGUCCCGGACAUAGCAAGCAUAUCUGGACACACUUAUCACGCUUGGAAUAGCAAUGACUGCUGCGGAGGAAAGCCGGGACCUGUUGGUCAACGUGUUCGCAUGGACGGCCAAUGUGUCCACGUCCGUGGUCACGAUAUUUGUGAUCAAAGCGUUGAUGAGCGUCUACCGUUUCAAGUACGCCACCACCGUGUCUGGCCUGCACUUCGUGUGCUGCGCCUGGGCGGUGUGGGGGCUGGAGCGGGCGGGCAUCGCGGAGCAGGCCGACAUGCCGCUGCGCUCCUCGCUGCUGUUCGCGUGCGUGGGCGCGCUGUCCAUCGGCACCGCCAACCUGUCGCUGCUGCUCAACUCGGUGGGUUUCUACCAGAUCGCCAAGCUGCUGAUGAGCCCCUUCGUGGCGGCGGUGGAAAUGCUGUGGCUCAAGAAGCGCUUCCCGCCCGCCGUGCUGGCCUGCAUCGUGGUGGUGCUGGCGGGGGUGGGCAUCGUCACGGUCAGUGACGUGUCGGUGCAGCUGCCGGGGCUGGUGAUGGCGGGGCUGUUCAUCGUAAGCGGCGGGCUGCAGCAGAUCCUGUGCGGCCACAUGCAGGCCACACUCAAGAUCCAGAGCCACCAGCUCAUGAGCAACACCAGCUUCCUGCAGGGGAUGAUCCUGAUGAUUGUGGGCCCUUUCGUGGACAAGCUGGCGAGCAGCAAGUGGAUCAUGGAGUGGGAGGCCAGUGUCCCGGGCAUUGAGAUGCUGGGCCUGUCCUGCCUGCUGGCUGUGGCGGUGAACGCCAGCCAGUACCUGGUGCUGGGCCGCUUCAGCGCCACCAGCUUCCAGGUGCUGGGGCACGCCAAGACGCUGCUGGUGCUCAUAGGCGGCUGGCUGCUGUUCGAUGAGGAGAUGAACCCGCGCAAAGUGCUGGGCAUGUCACUGGCGUUCGUAGGCAUGGUGGGCUACGGCGUGUUUUCAUUGAGAGCUGCCAACGCAGCCAAGGCGGACGCGGCAAAGGCGGCUGCCGUCACUGCUGCCGCGACGAAGCAGCAGGAGGCCCUCGCGCGGGGGUCAGGGACCAAGGCGGCGACGCCAGCGCAGGCGGUGGAUGGGGAGAAGGUGGCGUUGCUGGCUAUGAUUGAUAGGCGCUCCACCGGGGGUGGGGCGCAGAAGCUGCAGGAUGAGGAGGCGCCAGCAGCCGGUGCGCCGCUGGAUUUGGGGCGGCCGGCUGGGCGCUCUGGGGGCGGCACGGCGGCGACGAGCUCGCCUCCGGGCCUGACGCACCCGCAGCCGCGGUAGAUGCCGCUUGCAUCAUGCAUGGGAGGUGGCAGGGACGGGCGGGGACGUGGUGGUGAAGGCUCGAGUACCAGGUGCAACGUUUGCAGGCGCUCUUUUCUGCGCUUGUAGGUAACCGUUAGGGGUGCCAUGAAUCUCGAAUGGUCAUCGAAAUAAGGGGAUGGCGAUCCGGCCCGCACCGAAGUCGAGAAGUCGGCGGGUCGUGGCCUGAAGGGGGGCCAGUAUCAGGGCAGGGUGUGUGAAUGGGACAGUGUCAAGGCAGGUUGGUGAAGUCCCGUAGGGUGCAGCUGAUUCCCAGAACCCAGCAGAUGACAAACAAUUUGCAACGGCAGGGCAGGAGUACGCGGCCGGUCGAACGCCGGAGUUACUGUACCGACGAGUUGCUGGCUGGCUGCAAGUUUGCUGAUGCGCAUUCCUCACGCUCCGGGCG